CGACCCCAGAUAAUGAACGGGCUGAUAAGGUGAGCUUACAGAAGCCACAGAAAAAUCCAUGGGAGGAAGUAAAUUUAGUCUGUCAAGUGUUCCAUCAUGAUUUACAAGGUGCUCAUUUUCGCUGCGGCAACCCUUAUCACAGUAGAUGCGAGGGCGUUCCCGGAUGCCAGUGGUAAAACUUUGGAGCAGUUGAUAGGAGAGCUCAAGGAUAUUGAAAAGGUGCGCCAUGAUGCUAUCGUGAAAGCUGCGGAGAAGUUUAAGGCGGAUGAAAAUAUGGUGAGGUACCUGGCUACCUGGACAGAAUACGAUGCUCUCCUCAUCGAAAUACGGAAAGCACUCAAGGACAUUCCAUGGUUACUCGAUGCCGACAGGCUCGAGGCUACUUACAAGCAGGACCCACGCAAGGCAUUUCCGUUCAGCGUUCUGCGGAGUCCGGAUGGACUGAUCGAGGACUUGGAGUCUUUGGAGGUGGAGCGGCAUUGGACGGUGGUGGCGACCAUGAAAAUACUUGAGUUGAAAGACGACCAGCUCAAGAGAAAAUUCUUGUCAACCUGGUCCGAAUUCGACGCCGGCCUCGCCAUAGCGCGGAAGGUAUUCACCGAAAUCAUCGGGCUCCUUAAGAGCGGCCAGGAGGGCCAGGCUCAGACGAUCGCCGAUGAUUUCAAGAUACUGAGAGCAAGAGCUCAAGUCAUAGAGGGCAAACUGAUGAGGGAGACAAAGGAUGUGCCAGCUGAAUUCCUCAUGGAUAAAGACUUCGUUACCGUUUGGGACGCCCUUAACGCCGGUUCUAUAAAACUCGUGCAGAUCGGCCUCGGAAUGCUCAUCGAGGUCACCAGUAAUUUGUUCAAAAAAAGUCUCGAACCAGCGGUAGUCUCCGCCCGUAGGGCAAUACUAGCAGACAACUAUGCCAUGUAAAAGCUUAAACUCCCCUCGUGUGGAAACUCAGAUUCACUGAAAAAAAAAGAA